UUGGCCGAUUCAUGCUUAGCGCUGUCAAAAUAAAAAAUUAAUUUAUUUAGCGUUAUUUUAAAUUGUCAGUAAAAUGUCAAAAUUACUUUAUAAAAUCCUAUUAUUCAUAGGCUUUGUAAUGCUAUUUCAUACAGCUAUCUCAGCAGCUCAGCAUCGAACGUUUUUAAGAAAUAUGGAUGUAGAAUUUACCGGCUUGCCGUUCGAUAUAACAUUUCAAGGUGUGGCUAGUUUAUGUCUGAUCAUGUUCAGUAUCCUACAGACAGGAGGAGACUUCAAAGAAAUACGGGCAUGUGUGGAUUUAAGCGCUAAAUUAUGGGAAACUAAUAGGAAUUUAUCCUCAUUUUACAAAUUUAAUCACAGAGGGAAAGUAAUUUCUUGCUGUUAACGUAACUUUUUGUUUAUUAAUUACAAUGUUAAUAAGAUAAGAUUAUAAGUUUAUGUACAUAGUGACCAUAAAUAAGUU